GGGUCCGAGGCGGCGGCCAUCGCGGCCUUCACGGGCCCAUCAGGCCAGCGAUAUCCACCGCAGCAUCCACAACAAGUUAUGCUGUUCUCGUCCCCUGCUCGGGGCCACGUCAGCUACCGCAUCCAAGGCUACGACCUCACCGGGCCAGAGGUCCCCCAGCCUUCGCCUGGCACAGGCGGCUACGCUAACAUCGUGCGGACGCCCGUGUUCUAC